GGUCUGUACAACAGUUUCCACCAUAUUCCUUUAUAAUCCGGCAGGCUUGUGGCCAAUCUUACAUUACUUCUCCUCCCACUGCAUCACCACUUGAGCAGACCAAGAUGGGCAUACCUUAUUCGCGUGAGAUCAAUGCCGCCUUCGAGCAAGUCACGCCGCUCGUCGGCGCCGGGUUCAAAGUUCUACGGACGAUGAAAGACAUCUCGAUCCUGCUCGCCGUCAUCCAAGUCCUGACCGUGCUGUCUCUUCUUCUAAUAUUGUUCGUCUUGAUACUACUACUGUACUCCGUGAAUCCAGAUCUUGAAGUAUGUCGCAUCUCGAGUCAUUAUUCACUUGCCAUGCCAGAACAUGGUAUCGCCAAACACCAGACUAACUCCCCCAUCCCCCAGCACGAGCGCCAAAUCCUCGUAACGCCCCUCCUACGCAGCGCCGCCUCCCUCACCCUCUGGGGUGUCUUCAAGGGCUUCGUAACUCCCCUUGCGAGCAUCUCCCUCGUGUUAGGCCUGGCAUGGUGGGUCUUCCGGCUUGAGCACGCGGAGCAGCACGAGCUCGAAAGGACCGCCGAUGAGGAUGCAGACGAAGCGUUGGAAAGCAUCUCUAAGGAUGCUCCAAAAAAGAAGAAGAAGAAUGGUAAAGGGAAGGGUGCGAAGGGUAAAGCUGGUCAGAAUGAAGACGGUGGAGAGAAGGAUAAGGAUUAAGAAAAAAAAAAGUCCGAGUUAAUGCCAAUUCGUAGCCGCUCAUGUAGAGGGCGACAUGUACGGCGCUAGGAAAAAGUCUGAGUACAACUAGCUUACACGUAGCUUACCCUGGGGUACGAUACCAUAGUAAGAUCUUCGUCUCGGAAUUGUACGAUUUUGAAUUCCACAAUUAGAAGCGAGGAUCAAACUACUGCAGACAGAGG